GGAAACAGAAAGCACAACAAUGAGGAGAGUGGAAAACGAAACUUAGGGCAGUGGGCGGAGAAUCAGCUGAUAUAAAUGAGGCAGCGGACGGAGCGCAGUUAGAAGCGCCCUCUUCGUCUUCAUCUCAUCGCGUCAACAACAAGGCUACUGAAGUCAUGGAAAUCGUCAUCUCCCUGCUGGACGGCAGGUCCGUCCCGCUGCACGUGAACCCUAACGACACGGUGUCCGACCUGAAGCGGCUCAUCCAAACCAAACUGAACAUCCCCGUUUACCUCCAGAAGCUGGUGUUCGUCAACGGCACCAAGACGCCGCUCAGCGAUGACUCUCGGACUCUAAGCUCCUACGGCGUUCGCUCCGGAUCUCACGUGUCUCUGCUGGUGGUCGAGCGAACCACCUUCCAGAUUUUCCUCCGGAGAGACACCGGCACCAACACGUACGACGUGACCGGCGACGAGACGGUGGAGGAUUUCAAGCGGAAGGUGGAGAAGCGGGAGAAGGUCCCGGUGAGUCAGCAGAAUCUGGUCUAUGGAGGCAGAGUGAUGACCGGCGGCAAACUGUCGGAUUACAACGUCCAGGAGGGCAGCACCAUCGACCUGAACCUGCGCCUGCGAGGAGGCUGAACUCAGCGACCCGCCUCCACACGAUUAGUAAUUAUUUAAUACGGACACAUUCCUCUCAUGUGCAUGACGUCUGCUGUCAAGGUUUCAUGUUCUAAUAAAGUUUAGAAUCCG